CAAAAGGGAAAUGUGGACAAUCAAAUAUACCAUAAUGAAUACGACGUAUAGGACAAGCAUCACUCGCACAUGAAGAAUAAAAUGUGCUUAAAGGGAUGGUUCGGAUGUUUCUCAGUGUGGUUGUAUGAGGUACUUCUCCAUAGUCUGUGUAUUACCUACAGCAGAUGGAGUUUGGAGAAAGCAUAAAGCAUAUUUACAGCUACAGAAACCAUUCAAAUAUCAAAAUGUUCAGCUCUUUAAGGACGUUCGUAAUGACUUUUCCUGUUUCUAACUUAUAUUUUUUAAAAUAUUAAACUUAAAAAAAAAACAACACUAUAAUGUAACUCGAUGGAAAGAAUCUUCAAAUCCUCUUAAACCUACUCCACUUUGAAAUGCUACUCCUUCCGCAUACUUUCAUCUACAGACGCCAUUUAAAUUUUAAAUGGGUUUUGUACUAUUAAACUUGUAUUCAGCUUUUUGAUAUCUUUUACAGAUUUGCAAAUAGAGAAAACACAACCAAAUGCAGAAACGUGCUAAUUGGCAAGUUAAUAAUAAGCUGAAACAGCAGAUAUCUGCAAUAAUAUCUGAAUCAUAGGAUCAUGAUAAAAUAAGACAAAAAACAACUUGUAUUUAGCUAAUCUUUCAACACCACUGACGGACAGCCGACUUCAAUAACUUCAGAAGCCAUAAACCUGCCAUGUGCAUCACUUUGUAGUGUCCCCUGGAAACAGUUUCCUUGUUGUGUGGUGCCUGUUGCAGAGUGUUUCUGUAUUUGGUUGUUUUCUCUAUUUGCAGCGCGUUGAGCUCUCAGGGCCAUUCUGCUUUUUCAAAAUGACUUCAACCCUUGUACCUUUGAAGAAUACUUAUCAUCUGUUCCUUUUUGUUCAUGUUUAAAAUGAAACACCGACUGACAAAGCUCAACCCCUUACAUGACGUCAUCGGAGACAAACCGGGAAGUUUAUUCCUGUUCAGUUCUCAGAGAGAAGAGGAACACUGACAGACAGACAGACAGACAGACAGACAGACAGACAGAGGGUAAGAUUAACCGUCAUUACAAAGCUGAGAUUUACCCUCAUUACAAAACUUCAGCUGAAGGAGGACAAUUACGGGAGGGAGUAAUGAAGUAGUAAAAUACUUCAACUGCUACCUGCUGCUGAUUGAUAAAACGCUUAAAGUCUCAAAGUGAAAAAAGGGAGGCAACGUUCUAGAGAUAAACUCUAACUCUAACUUCCUUUUUUAGUCUACUGUGUUUUCAGUUUCACCCAGAGACACAAUGGCUUCCAGAUUAGAAGAGGAUCUUUACUGUCCGGUCUGUCAAGAAAUCUUUAGAGAUCCCGUUGUUCUGUCGUGUAGCCACAGCUUCUGUAAAGACUGUCUGCAGGGCUGGUGGAGCGACAGACCAGCACACGAGUGUCCAGUUUGUAAGAGAAGAUCCUCGAAAGACCCGCCUAUUAGCUUCACUUUAAAGAACCUGUGUGAGAGUUUCUUACGAGAGAGAGCUCAGAGCGCUUCGGAGGCUCUCUGCAGUCUGCACUCUGAGAAACUCAAACUCUUCUGUCUGGACCAUCAGCAGCCGGUGUGUGUUGUCUGCAGAGAUUCAGAAAAACACACCAACCACAGAUUCAGACCCAUCGACGAAGCCGCAAGACAACACAAGAAGGCACUUCAGGAAACUCUGAAGCCCUUAAAGAGGAAGUUAAAGGUUCUUAAUCAAGUUAAAGUGGAGUUUGAUAAAAAAGCAGAGCACGUGAAGGUCCAUGCUCAACACACAGAGAGGCAGAUUAAGGAGCAGUUCAGGAAGCUUCACCAGUUUCUAGAAGAGGAAGAGGAGGCCAGGGUGGCUGCACUGAGGGAGGAAGAGGGGCACAAGAUUCAGGUGAUGGUGGAGACGUUGGAGGCUCUCUGCAGAGAGAUCGCAGCUCUUUCAGACACAGUCAGGUUCACAGAGGACGAGCUGAGAGCUGAAGACCUCUCAUUCCUGCUCAACUACAAGGCUGCAGUGGGACGAGUCCAGAAGUACCCCCUGCUGGAGGAUCCACAGCUGCCCUCAGGAGCUCUGAUAGACGAGGCCAAACACCUGGGCAACCUCGCCUUCAACAUCUGGAACAAGAUGAAGGACAUGGUCUCCUACACUCCUGUGAUUCUGGACCCCAACACUGCCGAUCCAAGACUCAUCCUGUCUGAAGAUCUGACCAGUGUGAGACGAGGAGAGAAACAGCUGCUUCCUGAUAAUCCAGAGAGGGUUAAAUACUUCUCCGUCCUGGGCUGUGAGGGCUUUAACUCAGGGACUCACAGCUGGGACGUCGAGGUUGGAAACAGCACAGACUGGUUUGUGGGUGUGUCAGAAGAGUCCGUCCCGAGGAAGGGAGACAUACGGGCUGGAUUAUGGAGGAUAUGGUUCUCUAAUGGUAAAUACUCAGCAGGGUCACUACCAGCUCCCAACACUCAUCUCGGAGUGAUGAAGAAGCUCCAGAGGAUCAGAGUGAAUCUGGACUGGGACGGAGGACAGCUGUCGUUCUCCAAUCCCGAUACUAACGCUCUCAUACACACCUUCACACACACUUUCACUGAGAGGAUGUUUCCAUUCAUUAGCACUAUGGAUAAACUGAAGAUAUUACCACUGAAGGUCAGUGUGACAAGACAACAGGUCUGAGUCUUUAGUUUGAAGGUGGUGAUAGAAAAGUAUAGAAGAAGAUGUGGUGGCAGGCGUGGGUGACUGAUGAUUAUAUGUGAUUUAAAUGUCUACAUGAAUAAAAUACACAUUUUAAUAAUAAGUUUAACCGACUGGUAGUUUUUUGCAUUUCUGAAUUUCUGGUGCCGACUAGCGAGGGUAGCAACAUUUCGACUAUUAGUACUUAUAGUUUACAUGACUUGUAUGACGUAUGACGUUUGUAUUGUAUUGUAUUAAUUAUUAGUUAAUUACUUUAUAGUUCUCACCGAUUGUUUUGCACUGAAUUUCUGAGUGGUGGAUGUAAGAAACACAAUUUCGUUUUUAUGUGGAGCAUAAAAAUGACAAAUAAAGGAAUCUUGAAUCUUGACCUGUAAGUGCAACUUUUAUUGACUAUAUGUACUUUAUUUGAAUAUGGAGCAGGAAGAGUAGUUGUUGUCAAGGUAACAACUAAUGGGAGAAAUGGGGUUAACAAAAUAAACUAACAGUAUGAUACAUUUCUCCUGCAUUUGUUUUUAGGAAUAUCACUUUUCAUAUAAAGCAUUUCUUCAUUCAGACUUAUUAGGGAAUUCCUUUCAACUUACAGUUUUGACAGUAUUGCAGUUUAGCUUCAAGCUUUUCUGGCAAUGUAUUUCAGCUCUUACCUCUUUAAGUAAAGCAAUUCUGCUUUCAGUUCUACCAGUUUUAAAUUAGUAAGCGCAAUGCAUUUGAGCUUGAAGCUGUUACAGACAAUUCAUUUCAGAUUUCGGUAUUUCUUUCAGCAAUGCUUUGAAAUAUAUUUCAGCUGUCAGCGUUCACACGCAUUUUCUUAAGGAAAUGCAUUUUUUUAGUUUGUUUGUGUUAUUGUGUGACUUUGGUGAAUCCGAACUAACCAACACCAAAGUCACACAAUUACACAAUGGCCCAAUCCCAAUGUCCCCCCUAAGGCCUUAAGCCCUGAACUCUCGGGGACAUGACGGACGUCACCUGGGACAGCACUUUGCGGUGACAUAUCACGUUACCUUGACAAUGCCAAUUGUGGGUUAUUAUUUAAUGUUUUUAUCGCCUAUUAUAACGUCUUCCAGGCUCUUGCCUUGCGUGACUAGAGGUUACUGUGAAAUUAUCAAUUUACUUGUUUUUGUCAAACUUCAAUACGCAAAAUGUAAAGAAAUGGUUGAUGAAUAAACCAUAAACUCCUUGUUUACCUUUUU